AUGAGAGCGCGGACGCUGAGAGAGUUUGUUUAACUGAGGUUUAUGUAAAUACGUGUUGUGGGCUGGGACCAGGCGCAGUGUGGACCAAAUAUCCUAUAGCGAGUAGACGGACACAGGGAGGGAGGGAGGGACUGAUCUGUCUCUGCUCGCCCUGUACAGGUGUCCACAGACCCCGGACCCGGGAUGGCCGCGACCGCCGGACACCAAGUUGAUCAGGAUCAGGAUCAGGUGCAGAAACGGAUUUUCACGAACUGGAUCAACGCCCAGCUGGCAAAGCACCCCACUCCGUCCGUGGUCCGCGACCUGUUCCAGGAUCUCUGCGAUGGACACCAGCUCCUGGAUUUACUGGAGGUGCUCUCCGGACACCAGCUGGACCAUGAGAGGAAACGGAAUGACCCCGCCCACUGGAGGAGCAAUGUGGAUACGGCCCUACGGUUCCUGACCACUCAGUCGGUGAAGCUGGUCAACAUCAACGUGCCGGAUGUGGUGGCGGGGAAACCCACCGUGAUCCUGGGCCUGGUCUGGUCCAUCAUCCUUCACUUCCAGAUGGAGAGGCUGACCCUGGGGUUACCUCGCGACCCCAGCGAGAGGCAUCUGGUUCCUGACGUCACCCCCUCCCCCACGGGGACCCCCCCACUCAAGAGGGGCCGUUUCCAGUGGCAGUGGGGGGGCUCGACCCGACAGGCCCUGCUCCACUGGGCCCAGGACAAGGCCAGGGGGACGCCGGUGCCCAUCCGUGACUUUGGCGUGAGCUGGCGGGACGGGCGAGCGUUUGCGGCGCUGAUGAACAGUCUGCACCCUGGGGUGCUUCCCCCCACCCAGCUCCAGCCCUCCUCCCCCACCCACACCCUCAACAUCAUCUUCACCACCGCAGAGAACAUCCUCGGCAUCCCCCGGCUGCUCGAGCCCCACGACCUUACCGUUGAGAAUCCGGAUGAGAAGUCCAUCAUGACGUAUGUGUCCCAGUUCCUGGGCCUCUCCAGGCAGCUGCCCGCGGGCGUGCACGUCACCGAGGAGGCGUUGGGUGCCCCCUGGGCAGAGGGCAGGGAGCACCCUGAGGUGCAGGCCAACGUCAGGCAGGAUUUUGAAGACGCACGGAGAGAGAUGGAAGGCUGCAUCGAGGGAGCAGUGUCCUUCCUCCAGGACCAGGGCAGCCCCCAGCAAUUGUUGGCCAAGCACCAGGAAACGAUCCAGAGGUUUGAGUCGGGGGUCCUGCAGCGGUUCUUGGACUCCACCCAUCACAUGCAGACCCUCCUCACUCCCGACAGUAGCCUCAUGGCGGCCGAUCAGCAAGAGGACCUCUGCCGAAAGUGGACGGCUGGUGUUUUUGGUGACAUUGAGCAGUCGGUGGUGACGUGGGGUGAGAGUGGGCCGGUGUCGAGGGUCGGCGGUGGGCGCGGUGUGAGAGAGGAGCUGGCACUCACCGCACCGUGGGAGGCAGCAGCACCGGAGGCAGGCCGGUCAGCAGCCCAGGAGGAGGAGGCACUGUCGCUGAGUGCCCGGCAGCUGAACGAGGCGUUGGAGACGGCCGGCAUUCUGGCAGAUGGACAGUCUGGACAUGCCCUCUCGUGCUGGGAUCUGGUGGAGCCGCUGGGCUGCGCGGCAGAGGAUGCGGGGCUGCAGGGCGGGCAGCAGGAGCGCAUGGUGCAGGAGGAGCUGCACGCAAGGCAGAGCAGACUGGUGGGGUCACUGCGGGACAUUGGAGAGAGGGCUGGCGCCGUGCCGCUAACUGAAGCCACGCUGCCCGCAGUGCAGGCCAGGCUGGGCUCCCUGGUGGAGUUGGAGCUGGAUGUACAACGGGAGGCAAAGGAGCUGCAGGGAUUGCGGGAGCAGGCUGACAGGCUGCUGGGCUCGAGUCUGGCCGGCGAGGCUCAGGAGAGGCUGCGGGAGGCGGAGGAGGUGUGGGGAGUGACUGCCGGAGAGAUCCAGGACCGGAAGGACCAGUGCUUUGUGAUCAUGGCCUUCCUCAGGGAGUUUCGAAGCCACAAGAAGGAUCUAAGGUCCACCAUUGGGAAAGGCGAGCGUCUGAUUCAACAACAUGCCUCGUACAUGGGGAAAGAAAGGCUUGGGCAGCUGCUGACUGAGAUCGAGGAGGUGAAGUGUGAGUUUGGCACCAAGCAGGAACAGCUGGAUGGAUUGAGGAAAAUCUGUCAGCAUCUGCACUCGGAGCUGAGACCGUUCGUGGACACUGGAAGCUUGCCAUUCCAGCGGGAGGUAGACGAGCUGGUGGACCGCUGGCUCGAUGUGACGGAAUGGUUGCAGAGUUACGGCUGCAGCCUGCAGCAAGCCCUGCGUCUGUGGGACGAACUGCGCGAGUGUGGCUGUAGCGGAUGGGCGGCGAGAAGGAGAUUGGUGCCUCCGGGGGAGGAGGCGGUGCUGGAGGACCAGAUCCAUGGCCAAGAACAGCAGAACUGGAGCUUCCUUGAGAAGGCGGUGAGGAUUCAGGAGCUGCUGAGGUGGGAGGAGGUGCCGCUGGAGUUACAGGUGAUGGAGUCGGCUGCCAGGGGGGAGCUGGAGCAGAUGAAACACUGCAGGAGACAACUGAUGGACCAGGGCGGAGGCACGGCGCAGGGUCCCGAGACCACCCCGGGGAGUCAGGGUGGGGCAGACCACCCUCAGGUUGAGGAGCAUCAGGACAGGCAGGUUGGCGUGGACAUGGGGGUCAGAGAUGAGCAGCUUCCCAUGGCCAGCGGGGAUGAGCAGGAGGAGCUGUGGGACAGUGACGAUGAGGAGGUGACGCCCACAGCAGAGGAAUUUCCACAGAUCCAUUCUUUAGAGAGGAGCGGGGCGCUCGAGCCGAGGGAGGGGCAGCAACGCUGGACGCUGGACGGAACAGAGGAGAUACCACCACUCCCGAUGGAUACGGAGUGGAGCAGAGAGCGGGUGGACAUCACAGAGCAAGUCUCUGGCCCUUGGUCAGAGGCUCGGCCCCCAGAGGAGUGGAGAGAUCUGUUGCCUCGAGAGCGCUGGGGUCAGGAGCUGCCUGGGCCCGUGGAAGUGUUGGCGCCCCUGGGGCCCGAGACCAGCAGGGAGGUUGUGCCACCUGUGGGUGACAGAGAUUUGCAACGUCAACGGAGCUGGGUACCGGAGAUGAAGGAGAGACACAGUUUGGACCAGCUGCCGGGGGAGAGGGAGGAGGUGUCGGGGGAGAACGGUGGGAUCGAGGACUGGCUGCGGCACGUCACGGCACAGCGGGGGGCCAGGGUCUCCGGGAGCGAUGGGGCGUCGGAAUCUGAGCCUGAGGGAGACUGGGAGGCUCCGUCUGCCCGGCGAGAGGCAGCGGCGGAAUCCAGCAGCUCCAGUGCAGAGCGACGCAACCCGCCCACAGCAGAGGUCGACCCCGGGGUCUUGCAGACUUCCGGCACCGUGGAACACACGGAGGAGAAGGACGGGCAGGUUGACGUGGACAUGGGGGUCAGAGAUGAGCAGCUUCCCAUGGCCAGCGGGGAUGAGCAGGAGGAGCUGUGGAACAGUGACGAUGAGGAGGUGACGCCCACAGCAGAGGAAUUUCCACAGGUAAUGGCAGCUGUAAACAUGGCCUGCACUCCAUCCCUUCCUCACAGUCAAACUGGAGAGCAGAGGCAUGAGGCGUUGGGUGCCCCCUGGGCAGAGGGCAGGGAGCACCCUGAGGUGCAGGCCAACGUCAGGCAGGAUUUUGAAGACGCACGGAGAGAGAUGGAAGGCUGCAUCGAGGGAGCAGUGUCCUUCCUCCAGGACCAGGGCAGCCCCCAGCAAUUGUUGGCCAAGCACCAGCGCCCUCAGGAACGAUCCAGAGUAGCCUCAUGGCGGGCCGAUCAGCAAGAGGACCUCUGCCGAAAGUGGACGCUGGUGCAGGCGGACAUCUCGGCUCAUGUGCAGUGGCUGAGGGAGGUGGAGCGCCGCACGUCCAGUGUGGUUCCCCGUGAGGCCGGGUCCCCUGCACGGCCAGGGGCCCAGAGUGACCGGUCUGCUCUCACACUGCCCCAGGCUGGUGUUUUUGGUGACAUUGAGCAGUCGGUGGUGACGUGGGGUGAGAGUGGGCCGGUGUCGAGGGUCGGCGGUGGGCGCGGUGUGAGAGAGGAGCUGGCACUCACCGCACCGUGGGAGGCAGCAGCACCGGAGGCAGGGGAACCCCUGUGGAUGGUGGGGUACAGGGAGCAGCGGCGGACUGGCCCAGCAGAGGGCAGUGGUGGGCCGGUGUGGGACGUGACGUCUCUCAGCCCUGUGCCCAGCGCCAUGGAGAAAGAGAUUGCUGUGGAUGGGGCAGCUGGACGGGAGCAGGGGGCCGGGACAGUGAGCCAAGGUCCACCCACACCAGCGGUCAUACGUCCAGCGGGCACCGGCUCCCCUGGGGUCGUGGAGGACCUCUCCAGCCAGUUUGGAGAAGAUGCCACCAUGAAUAAGCCGAGCAAAGGUCACCACCCAGCUCUUGGAGAGCAUCAGAGGGACAAGGACAGACACAUUCCCUAUGGAUCGGCCCAGCUUCCGGCCCCAGGGGACACGCCAUUCCUGUCCGGAGACUGGGAUGGGCAGAGAGCUCCCUCACCGGAGAGCUUGGGCUGGAGGGAGCUUCUGCCCGUGGCGAGGGCACUUCCAGAGCAGAUGUCACAGAGCAGGAGAUACCCGGGCCAGGAGAUGGUCCUCCCUCCUCCAGCGGGAGAGGAUGGUACGGGGACACCCGGGGUCUCCAGUGAGGGGCAGUGGGGAGCAGAGGCGGCAGGAGAUCAGGGUGAAGACAUUACCACCACCACCACUGGUGAAAGACGGCAGGAGUUGCGGCAGGAGGCAGCUCUGGCGGUGGGAGAGGCUCGCAGAGCGGUGGGGUGGGCGGAGGGGCAGCUGACCAGGGGGGUUGACACCAAGGUCCCAGGGGGUUGGCACGAUCUCCCCGUGGCCGUGCGUUUGGGAAAGGCGGGGGGGAGAGUCAAUCGGGCAGCCGAGGCGUCAGUGGCGAGGGAGGUGGAGGGGCUGGGAGCGGGGCGGGGGCCGGAGCCUCUGACCCCCACCGAGCAGGUCUACCCAGGAGAGACUGCCCGUGAGGAGUCCCAGGAGCAGGGGGCAGGGAUCUCCCUGGCCGGUCCACUCAGGCCAUGGCAGAGUCACAGCCUGGCUCCCAAGGAACACGGGGAGGAUCAGGAGCCAUCCCUAGGGCCCGGCAGUGAGGACGGAGGGGAGAGUGACCAGGGAGAGGGCAGACACCCGCUGGCAUGGAGCUCUGUGCCGGAAUACGGGUGGCCUAGCGGGAGGUCUGCACCGCCGGCAAACAUCCCUGAGAUUCAGCGGGAGCAGGUGGGAGAGGCUUCUGGUGAGGUUCUACCAAGCUUGUGGACAACGACCAUUUGUCAGGAUAACCAAGGGGUGAGAGAUGACAUUGGUGAGACUCCAGCAGACCCAUGGAAGGCCACCACUUGUCAGGACAAUGAAGAAGUUGUAGACAACAUUGGUGAGGAAUCACCAGACCCACACUUGGCCAUCGUGGGUCAGGGCAACGAUGAAGUUGGAGACAAUGUUGGUGAGAAAUUACCAGACCUGUGGGCACCAACCAUGGGUCAUGGCAACAAAGGCAUAAGAGAUGAUGUUACUGAGAUACCAACGGACCCAUGCAAGGCCGGCAUGGGUCAGGACAACAAAGGUGUCAGAAGCCAUGUUGAUGAGAUACUACCAGACACAUGGAAUGCCACCAUGAGUCCCGGCAACAAAGGGGUUGGAGAUAAUGUUGGUAAGAUACCACCUGACCCAUGGAAGGCCACCACAUAUCAAGGCCACCAAGACAUCAGAGACGUUGGUGAGACAUCAUCAGAUCCAUGGAAGGCCACCAUGAGUCAGGACAAUGAUGGGGUUGGACACAACAUUGGUGAGACACCACCAUCCCUGUGGGAAACCACCACGGGUCAGGGCCACCAAGGGGCCAGAGACUUAAUUCCCGGCACAGUGAGCCUGUACCGGAGGGACAUGGAACUGGACAUUAAUCCGCAGCGGGCAGUGAUUCUGGCCUCAGAGAUGGGGAUGGAGGUGAUGGAUGGUAGCAGUGAGAAGCUCGGCGGGGAACGCCCAGUCCAAAGUGUUGGCCUUGUGCCAUGGAGCCGGCACACUCCGGAAUGUUCCCAACCACCGAGGGAGUCUCCCGACACCGGCCACGUGACCCAUCACCCUGCCAGAGAUGAUUCCGGAACACCAGCGGUGACGGCAGAACAGGCUGCCUGGGCCGAGGUGACCUCUGGCCUCUCCCUGCCCAGCACGGAGACCAUGGGAGGUCCGGAGAAGGCGGGGAUAGACCCAGACGUGGAGCACUCCGCGAGGGAGGAGCUGGAGCAGUUCGAGGGAGCUCCCCAACACAGCCGGUCAGCAGCCCUGGAGGAGGAGGCACUGUCGCUGAGUGCCCGGCAGCUGAACGAGGCGUUGGAAACGGCCGGCAUUCUGGCAGAUGGACAGUCUGGACAUGCCCUCUCGUGCUGGGAUCUGGUGGAGCCGCUGGGCUGCGCGGCAGAGGAUGCGGGGCUGCAGGGCGGGCAGCAGGAGCGCAUGGUGCAGGAGGAGCUGCACGCAAGGCAGAGCAGACUGGUGGGGUCACUGCGGGACAUUGGAGAGAGGGCUGGCGCCGUGCCGCUAACUGAAGCCACGCUGCCCGCAGUGCAGGCCAGGCUGGGCUCCCUGGUGGAGUUGGAGCUGGAUGUACAACGGGAGGCAAAGGAGCUGCAGGGAUUGCGGGAGCAGGCUGACAGGCUGCUGGGCUCGAGUCUGGCCGGCGAGGCUCAGGAGAGGCUGCGGGAGGCGGAGGAGGUGUGGGGAGUGACUGCCGGAGAGAUCCAGGACCGGAAGGACCAGUGCUUUGUGAUCAUGGCCUUCCUCAGGGAGUUUCGAAGCCACAAGAAGGAUCUAAGGUCCACCAUUGGGAAAGGCGAGCGUCUGAUUCAACAACAUGCCUCGUACAUGGGGAAAGAAAGGCUUGGGCAGCUGCUGACUGAGAUCGAGGAGGUGAAGUGUGAGUUUGGCACCAAGCAGGAACAGCUGGAUGGAUUGAGGAAAAUCUGUCAGCAUCUGCACUCGGAGCUGAGACCGUUCGUGGACACUGGAAGCUUGCCAUUCCAGCGGGAGGUAGACGAGCUGGUGGACCGCUGGCUCGAUGUGACGGAAUGGUUGCAGAGUUACGGCUGCAGCCUGCAGCAAGCCCUGCGUCUGUGGGACGAGCUGCGCGAGUGUGGCUGUAGCGGAUGGGCGGCGAGACGGAGAUUGGUGCCUCCGGGGGAGGAGGCGGUGCUGGAGGACCAGAUCCAUGGCCAAGAACAGCAGAACUGGAGCUUCCUUGAGAAGGCGGUGAGGAUUCAGGAGCUGCUGAGGUGGGAGGAGGUGCCGCUGGAGUUACAGGUGAUGGAGUCGGCUGCCAGGGGGGAGCUGGAGCAGAUGAAACACCGCAGGAGACAACUGAUGGACCAGGGCGGAGGCACGGCGCAGGGUCCCGAGACCACCCCGGGGAGUCAGGGUGGGGCAGACCACCCUCAGGUUGAGGAGCAUCAGGACAGGCAGGUUGGCGUGGACAUGGGGGUCAGAGAUGAGCAGCUUCCCAUGACCAGCGGGGUUGAGCAGGAGGAGCUGUGGGACAGUGACGAUGAGGAGGUGACGCCCACAGCAGAGGAAUUUCCACAGAUCCAUUCUUUAGAGAGGAGCGGGGCGCUCGAGCCGAGGGAGGGGCAGCAACGCUGGACGCUGGACGGAACAGAGGAGAUACCACCACUCCCGAUGGAUACGGAGUGGAGCAGAGAGCGGGUGGACAUCACAGGGCAAGUCUCUGGCCCUUGGUCAGAGGCUCGGCCCCCAGAGGAGUGGAGAGAUCUGUUGCCUCGAGAGCGCUGGGGUCAGGAGCUGCCUGGGCCCCUGGAGGUGGAAGUGUUGGGGCCGGUUGGGCUCGAGACCAGCAGGAAGGUUGUGCCACCUGUGGGUGACAGAGAUUUGCAACAUCAACGGAGCUGGGUACCGGAGAUGAAGGAGAGACACAGUUUGGACCAGCUGCCGGGGGAGAGGGAGGAGGUGUCGGGGGAGAACGGUGGGAUCGAGGACUGGCUGCGGCACGUCACGGCACAGCGGGGGGCCAGGGUCUCCGGGAGCGACGGGGCGUCGGAAUCUGAGCCUGAGGGAGACUGGGAGGCUCCGUCUGCCCGGCGAGAGGCAGCGGCGGAAUCCAGCAGCUCCAGUGCAGAGCGACGCAGCCCGCCCACAGCAGAGGUCGACCCCGGGGUCCUGCAGACUCCCGGCACCGUGGAACACACGGAGGAGAAGGGUGGCCGGAGCGAGGAGUUGAGCGACAGGAUCAGGGAGACAGCAGGACGAGUCCGUGACAUCGAGAAGAUGCUGCAACAUCGCAGCCAGAACGUCAGUGAGGCCAAGGAGCAGCAGAAGAGGGUGUGGGGUGAGCUGGACAGGUGGCACGCGGUGCUGUCGCGGCUGGAUGCAGAGGUACAGGACCUGGCCGAGGUGGACCCUUGUCUGGCCCAGCAGCUCAUGGACGCUCUGAUGGACUCCUUCCAGGAACAUCAGCAGGCAGCACGCACGGCCGAGCAGAGGACCACGCUGGUCAACAAGAUUCCCGACUGCCUGGAGGACUAUCGCCAGGUGACAGAGUCGGCCACAGCCUGGAUUCAGAGCACACAAGCCCAGCUCUCCGACACCAUCGACUGUACCAACGGCAAGUCUCUGGGCAAGCAGCUCUUCACCCUACAGGUGAUUGCGGACACCAAUGGGCAGAAGCAAGCAGCAUUGCAGGAGGUGGGGACCAGGCUGCGGGAGGUGGGGGAAAUGUUUGACACGGACCACAUGGUGAGUCGAGUGGAACAGCUGUUCGAGAUCGGCGCAUCCCUGCAGCAAGCGGUGUCCCAGAAGGCAGCGGAGGUGGAGUACAUCGCAACGGAGAUUGGGGCGAUUGAGUCUGAAGUAAAGACCAUCGAAAGCAAACUUGCGAAGGUUAACAGCAUCCUGACUGCCGUUGACAUUGAGGACCUGACAGCUGAAGAGCAUUUGACCAACCGACAGAUCGUAGCGGAGAACCUGGUGGAGAUGAGGAAGGUGGCGGGCGUGCUGUCGAGUUACGAGCACUCGCUGGCGUUACCGGAGUGGGCAACUGGCACCGUGCAGGCCUUUGCCAGGCUGCCCCUGAUCACCGGUCAGCUGGCCGAGCUGCAGCAGCUGACCUCGCGGCAGAGCGGCCUGUUGGAGUCGCUGCUGGAAAAGCUGCAGGAGUGUGACACGGAAACUGAGAGACUGCAGGAGUUACAGGCUGGGAACAUGGAGGACCAGCAGGAGAGGUUGGCCGUUGUGCAUGAGCAGCGGGCAAGGCUGGUGAGAGACGCCCAGAAGGCACUGAACGAGGUGACUGCGACUCUCACAGAUGGGCAGAGGUCACCCCCAGCCCAUAGUGAGCAGCCCAGAGAGCCCGAGUCCCCACAGCCAGCCACACUGCCUGGGAAGCUGACCUCACUACAGGAGCAGGAUGAGGAUGAGUGCGAGGAGACCAUGGAGCCACCAGAGGAAUGCCACCCCUCAGCUCCACCUCAACCUCCACACGCAGAGCCACAGCAGAGUGUGGUGGGCCUCGAUGUGUGCUGGGAGCGAGCAGCAGCCGUGGAGCGUGAGCUGGCCUCUGCCGGGGAGCGGCUGGGAGCCGGAGUGUGGAGCGCGGCCAUGCAUCACAACCUGCAGGACAGCCUGCUGCAGUCUCAGACCGCGCUGACAGAGAUUGAGGAACACCUGGUGUGCCUGACGGGGACGGGCCUGGAGCAGGGGGGUCCCGAGCUGGAGGCACUGUCUCAACGCCUCGGCUCCCUGAGGGGCUCCCUCACACAGCUUCGCGCCCGGCUAGAGAUGGGGAAACCCACGGCUGAGGAGCUGUCCCAGUUGUGCCCCACCAGGGAGAUGGCCCAGCAGACCCAGAUGAUGUGGCCUCCAGACCAGCCAUGUGCUCCUGAUGAUGGCAGGAUCCCAGCAGAAGCCCCCACAAGGGACGUGUACCGGCCAGUAGUGGGGACCCCAGCAGACCCGGUCCUGGGGCCCACGCUUCAACGUCAGAUCCUGGACUGCUGGCAACAACUCCAGCAGGAGACCCAGGGCCUUCAGAAGCUUCUGGAAGAUUCUCUUCAGCAAGGCCCAGAGCCCCAGGUGUUCGUCACAGCUAGGGAGCCAAGCUGUGUCUCGCGACCCGCUCCAGAUGUGGAGGAGCUCAGCAUGUGGAUGGCACAGCUGAGAGAGCAAGGGCAAAGCGCUGCGCUGCUCGCGGGCCAAACAGAGGGGCUCACACGGCAGGAUGCGGGUUUGAGGUUGGAGGAGGCCGUGCAGAGAACGGCCGUCCGGAUCAGCGAGUGGGUGGCCGCUGCUGAGCAGACGCUGGGCCACUGCAGCCUUGGGCCGUGUGAGGAGGCGCCGCGGCAACUCGACACCCUUCAGGUGUGGACAGCGGCCCUGGAUGGAGUUCACCGCGAGAUGGCGGAACAGCUUCUUGUGCUGGGACAGGCUGACAUCUUCAGCUGCGCGCUGGCCGGCGGCACGCUCUCCACCCUCCACUCCAACGUCCAGCUCCUCCUCCGCCACUGCUCCCUGGUCAGCGACUCCCUCCGCCCCAGAGCAGAGCAGCUCACCAGCUGCCAGGAGCGGCUGGGGCAGCUACAGGUGACCGUGUCGCAGAGACAGGCGGAGGUCCAGCAACGACUGCUGGAGUCGGCGGCUUGUGAUACAGACCAACACUUGCAGUGGCUGGAGCAGACAACUGUUGAUCUCGACUCCCUGGACGUGGAGCUGUUGUCUCUGAGGGACGGGGCCACUCGCUGUGACCUGGAGCCGCAUUGGCUGCGGCGGGUCGAGCAGCUGGAGGAGGCAUUGGAUGACACGAUGGGGCUGGUGGGAGAACAGCAGGCAGAGCUGGCACACAGCCUGGUGAUGGGGCGCCUGUACCAGGGGCUGAUGCAGGGCACGGCCAGCCUGGUGGAGCUGAGGCAGGAGAGGCUUGGCCCCGGGGACCGGCUGCCAACCGGGACUCUUGCUGAUCUCCGCACCCACCUGCACAGCCACAAGCUGUUUUACCGAGGGCUGGAAGACCUCAUGAUCCGGGCGGAACAGAUUUCCCGUAACGUUCCCGAGCGGAUAGUUGCCGAGCGGCGGGUAGGGCGGCUGGAGUUGGAGAGCAGGCACAAGGAGCUGCAAUCCCAGGCCCUGAGGCACGGGGUUCAUGCAGAGACCACCUUGCAGUGCUGGGCUGAGCUGGAGAUGGAGCUGGAGGUUCUGGAGGAGAUGCUGGCCGCUCUGAGCUCACAACUGUCGGACCCCCGGGUGGGGGGGGAGACGGCGAGGGAGAGCAGCGAGGGGGAGACGGAAUGCCUCCACACCUGCCAGCGGCAUGAAGAGUAG